CCGAUCGACAACGCCACUAUUCUCCAGGUCUUGGUUAGUUGCAUGCGACUCUGCGACUUGAUUGCAUCUACGGACGUACAUACACCAAAGAUCGUCGAAGUUCGAGGCUCCGAGCCAAGGGCUUGCCGAGAGCACGGCCGAGCUGUUUUUGGUGGUUGCCAUUUCCCCUCGCCCAUCGCCGACGCAACAGCGGACGCUGUCGGGAAAUGAGGGCUGCGGCAGCUUGGAACUGUGGUUUCGAGCCAUUCACUCUCGUUGCACGUCAUCCAUAGAACACUGCGGAAUUCGCUUCGCCAUGCCGUCCUCUCCCGUACCUGAUGAAGCCAAGGGGCUCCCGCCCGAGCCACAAGCCGAUCCAGCAACGGAGCACGCCAAAAACGGACCAGGAAAGGCACCAGAGCCCGCCGAGACCGAGCCGCAAAAAUCCGAAUCGUCCAGCAGGGCGGACGGUGCUCCGUCCCAUUCAGAUUCGCACUCGGAGGGCGAGUACUCUGGAUCUGACACCUCCGAACGACGUGAGCCCGAGACGGGCAACGAGGCACAGCCGUCCCUCCCGAACGAACCCCUCCCCGGCGGCGACGGCGGCGACGGCGGCGACAGCACCGCGCCCCCACUUCCGAACGAACCUCUACCCUCCGACCCGGCCGCGCCCCCUCUUCCCGCGGAGCCGGUGCCCGACCCCGAGGACGACGGAUGGGAGUACCACUGGAACCCCAACGACCAGUCCUACUGGUUCUACAACCGCUUCACCGGCGUCUGGCAGAAAGAGAACCCGCGCGUGCCGACCGACUCCUCCGCCGCCGCCGCCGCCGCCGCCACUGCCACUGCCUCCACGACGACGCCCACCGUGGCGGCCGACGGCACCGUGCUCAGCAACCCGGCCUCGAUCGCGGGCGGCUACAACCCGGCCAUCCACGGCGACUACGACGAGAACGCGUGGUACGCCCAGGCGCUGCGCGCCCAGUCCGCCGCCGCCACCACCACCGCGACCACCGCGGCUCUGCACGGCGGCGACGCGUACGCGACGGCGGCCUAUUUCAACCGGCACACGGGCCGGUGGCAGGCGCCGGACCAAGGGCCGGAGCGGCACUCGGACGAGGCCAAGAGCCGGCGGCAGAUGCGCGCCUACUUCGACGUCGACGCCGCCGCCAACAUGCACGACGGCCGCAGCCUCAAGGCCGAGCGCGCGGGCAUCAAGCCCAGCCGGGCCGAGCUCAGGAUGUUCAAGGAGAAGAGGAGGGCGAAGAAGGAGGAGAAGAGGCGGGCCUGGCUCAGGGAUUGAAUCUGCCCUCCCCCCUUCUUUCACCCCUUUUUUUUUCCUCCCCCGCUUCUUCUUCUUCUUCUCCCACCUCCUCCCCUCUGUAGCUGCGUUUCGACGUUUGGGUCGGGCCGGCGAGCGGGGACGGGGUUUCUCUCGAUGGUAUGGGAAGGGGCUUGCGGUGUGUUUUUAUGCUUUUAGUUGGCGCGAUGAGGGCGCGGGAGAUGGGUGCGAUUUUUCGUUUCUCCCUCUCUUUCCACUUAAAGAAAGCCGGCCGGGUCCCGCGCUAGUUGUGAGGGAAGGGGAUGGCUUGUUUCAAUACAUAUUAUUUUGGGCUGUAGGUAGAGGGACGCGGCUGGCUGGCUGGGCGCCGCAAAACAAGCAAGGCAUCUAGGGCAACGGCGGCGGCAACGGUUCUACCAGGCGUUUGGGGAUCUGGCGUGACAACUUAAGAAUGGCUUUUUCGAGGGGGCGCGCAAUUGGGCGACGCCUCGCAUGAGAGCAAGCGGGACGUGAAGAAAGGGAGACGGCACCGGGCCCGU